AUGUCUGGCAGCUGCUGUUCUGGGACUUGCACCAUGGUGCCAGCCAUCUCAAUCUGCUCAACAGAGGUGAGCUGUGAAAGUCCCACCAUCUGUCUGACUGCUUCCUGCCCAAGUCCAACAUGGCAGCUGGUUAGCUGUGAAGAACCAUGUGGCACAUCCUCAAACUGUGCUCCAAGUUGCUGUGAAUCCUCUUGCUGUGAGCCCAGUUGCUGCCAGCCUACAGUGUGCUGUGAACCCACUCCAUGUGAACCAUCUUGCUGUGAGCCCAGUUCCUGUGAGCCUGUCUGCUCUGUGCCCACUUGCUGCCAACCUGUCUGCCCUGUACAAGCUUGUUGCCAACCUAUUUGCUGUGAUACCAGUUCCUGUGAGCCAUCUUGCUCUGUGCCCACUUGUUGCCAACCAGUGUGCUCUUUACAAACUUGCUGCCAGCCCAUUUGCUGUGAGUCCAGUUCUUGUGUGCCACCUUGCUCUGUGCCUACUUGCUGCCCACCCAUAUGCUCUGAGUCCAGUUGCUGCCAGCCAGCUUCCUGUGUGACACUGAUCUGUGAACCUGUCUGCCAACGUACCAUCUGCUGCCUAUCCAGUCCUUGUGAAUCAACUUGUAUACCCCAAGAACCUUCCUGUUGUAUUCCCAGUGUUUGCCCAUCAGCCUGCUGUCAACCCACCCCUUGCCAACAAAGCAUUUGCCUGACCAGCCCAUGUCAACCAUCUUGUUACAUAGUAAGACGCUGCCAGUCAAUUUGCUGUGAACCCAUUUCCUGCAGACCAACUUGUGUAUCCACCUCCUGCCAACCACUCUGCUGCCGACCGGGGUCUUCUGCAUCUGCCUGCCGUCCAGUUUGCUCCCGACCCACUUUCUAUGUACCUAGUUCCUGCAGGCCACCCUGCAUCACAUCUAUUUCCUACCGACCAGCUUGUUACCGCCCCAUCUGUUCCUCUCCUCUAAGCUGCAGACAACCUUACCUGACUUCUCUUUAUCGUCCAAGUUGCUACCGCCCAAGCUGCUCCCUACCCUUUCCACGCAGGCCAGCCUAUGUCACUUCCAUUGCUUCUCGGCCAGCAUGCUGCCAGCCGGUUUGCUCUGAGCCCAACUCCCCUCACAAACCGACUUCUGAAAAGUCCACUUCCAGCCAGCCAGACGGUUCUGAAUCCACUCCCUGCAAACCAGCGGUUUCAGAGGCUAGUUCUAGUGAGCCAACGAGCUCAGUGACCACUUCCUGCACGCCCACCAGCCCUACCACCUGUGAGACCAGCCCUGGAAAAGUAGAGGACGGCAAAUCAUCUGGCUGCUGCUCCAGAUCCUGCAGGUCCAGGCACUAG